AUGGCAGCCUUCGUAGGCGAGCUCCUCGGCCUGCGCGGGAAGGGAUCGAUUGCGAUCAUUGUCGACAAGCCCCAUUACAUCUCGGGCGAAGUCGUCUCUGGCUCGCUCCAAGUCGACGUGCUCGAGCCCAUUGAAUGCAACGAGGUCGUUGUCGUCAUUUCGGGCAAGGAGAAGGUCCACUGGUCCGAGACGCACGACGUCGGGUCGGGCGACGACCGCCGGUCCGUCACGCGCACGUUCUCGAGCAGCCACCGCUUCUUGAACCAGGCAAUCGUGCUCUACAGUGCGCAACACCACAUUUCGCCUGGCCAGUACAUCUACCCGUUCCAGUACCAACUGCCUAUCGGACUGCCCGGCACAUUCGACAACCAAUGCCACGACGGCGUCGACGCGCGCGUCCAAUACAGCAUUAAAGGUCGGCUUCGCGUCGAUGGCUUCUUUAGCCGGGACGUAAAACGACGCCAAACGUUUAUCGUGUACGCGCAGCUCGCGGGCUACGUCGCGCCAAGCGUCGCCGAGAAGACGCAGGUCGUCCGAUUCCUCUGUUGCUUCCGCCAAGGCACGUGCUACCUUCGCGUCGGCAUGGACAAGAACAUGUAUACGCCGGGCGACGUGCCCAUGAUUCUGUGCGACAUCCGCAACGAGUCGGCCAAGGACGUGCGCCGAAUGCGCUGCGAGCUGGUCCGCAUCGUUGACGUCAUGGCCGACAGAAAGCACCGCACGCUGCAAAAGACCAUCUGCGGCGCGACGUUUCCGGGCGUCGCCGCUGGCGCGCAGCUCUCGCAGCCGCAGCCGUUCCAGCUGCUGAGCCACGGCGAAGCGCUGUACCCGAGCACGCGCGGGAACCUCGUCGGCUGCCGCUACGAGAUUCGCGUCACUUGUGACAUUGCGUGGUGCCCCGAUGUCACGCUGGAGCUCCCGAUCGCGCUCGGCGGCCCUUUCCUACUGCGUGUCGAUCCGUUUGUGGCCGCCUAG